GCACCCGUACAAUGAGCCAAUAGCAGUGCUCGUCACUUCUGGCUUUGGUGUUUUGGAGACGACCCGUUGUCGAGUGUAAACAACCGCAUGUGCGAGAUAUAAUCCCAGCACUUCCGUGCUUGUAGAUAAUCGCGGCCAUUAUUUUCAAAACAUUAUCGUCCAGCGAUGGACAAAAACUAUGGGCUGCACAAAUAGUAGAUCGUCAAGUCAACCAGACUUUCAAGAUGUCAACCCAACGAGUUAUUCACAGAAAGGAGAAACGUCGAUGGUCAAAGACAGACCGACAACACACGGGAAAGGGUCGGGUGUUACACGGAGACAGUCACAUCAUACCAAUGGAAAUAUUGUGGCAAACAGACAGGAAGACACGAAUACUAACAGACAUAUAAAACUUCAGUCAAGCGAGGAAGUGUUGCAGUCGCUGUCAGAGGGGGAACUAUUUGAGGACCCAUACUUCCCAGCAUGCAACUCUUCUCUGUACCACAGUGAUGGAGAUCGGGCCGACGUGCAGUGGAUACGACCUAAGGAUCUGCUGUCCGAUGGCGCUAUGCCCGAGAUGAUGGUUGAUGGUGUGACCAAGGACGACAUUCAGCAGGGAAUUCUGGGAGACUGCUGGUUCCUGUCCUCGUGUGCAGCAGUAUCACAACAAGAACGCUUCAUGAAGAAGAUAAUGCCAGAGAGAAAUCAGCCUCUGUGUGGAGAGGAGUACAAGGGCAUUGUGUGUUUCCAGUUCUGGCGUUACGGCAAAUGGAUACAAGUCUACAUUGACGAUCGACUGCCGGUGCAAAACGGAAAGCUUAUAUAUGCUCACUGCACUGAACAGAGAGAAUUCUGGGUAGCUCUCAUUGAAAAAGCAUAUGCAAAGGUGCAUGGGUCCUACGAGGCCCUGGAGGGAGGUCAGACGAUGGAUGCCCUGGUGGACCUGACAGGCGGGCUAGCGGAACGGUACGAACUCGAGGACUACAACCCCAACAUGUUCAGGCAGAUCCUCCGGGCGCACAAGACCGGCGCCUUCAUUGCCUGCUCCAAGAAGGGGGACUGGAAGAGCGGGAACAACGCCGAUGCUAAUGGCCUCGUCUCCGGUCAUGCAUACACUAUCACAGGAAUCAGAAAGAUCCACCACGAGAUGGGUGAGGAGAAGCUGCUGCGGAUCAGGAACCCAUGGGGCGACGCGACGGAGUGGAAAGGCUCGUGGAGUGACAACGAUGUCAACUGGGAGUGGGUGGACGAUGACACCAAGGACAGUCUGGGCCUUGAGUCCCGGGAUGAUGGAGAAUUCUGGAUGUCCUUCAAGGACUUUUGUCGCCAUUUCCAGGAAGUCACCAUCUGCCUGACUGGUCCUGACUUUGAUGGGGAUGGAGUGUCUGACAGUGCAGGUCACUUUGUGAGACUUGAUGGCAGCUGGGAGGAAGGCGUCAAUGCCGGAGGAUCCCGCAAUGAUCUCAAGCUGUUUGCUACCAACCCGCAAUACCUCCUCACUCUCACACACCCAGAUGACUUCAACCAAGACACAGACGAUGCGGAGAGUGAAGGCAAGUGCAGCGUCGUUAUCGCGCUGAUGCAGGAACACAGGGUCUCCAGUUGCAGCGUGAAGGACAAGCGGCUGCAGAUCGGCUUUAUGCUGUACAAGACGGAGGCCAAGCAGGAUCAGCUUCCGGCCAAACACUUCCGCUACCACCCGGACUGCGGCAAGUCGGGCGUGUACAUCAACUAUCGGGAGGUCAGCGGCAGAUUUGAACUGGACCCCGGCCAUUACGUCAUCAUCCCGUCCACGUUCAUGCCAAACUGCUCAGCCAAGUUCAUGUUGAGAGUGUAUGGGGAGAAAUCAUUCCGUUUAGAAGGCCCUCUUUGAUAGCAGAUGGUUACUGGUCAGCUGCUGGUCAACUCGUCAACCUCUGUGAUAACAAGGAGACUGCUGUCAUCUGUCAGGAUGCAUCAUCAUCAUCACUCAUCAUCCUUGCCAUCCAUAUGAUGGCAUGUUAUUGCAGUGAUGCACUAGCUGGCUGUGUAUGUGCAUAAGGAUCGUGAGGUGGCCAAGUGGUGAAGGUGUUGGCUAGUCCAGCUGAAGACCAGGGUUUGAUUCUCGGCAUGGUCAAACCCUGCUCACCCACCUCCCUCGUUACUGUCUCACACAUCAUCGGUACUCACAGAGGAAUAUCCCCACCAUAUGUUGAGUGUUAUGUGUGUGCCGGUUUGCUGGGACUCCUGUGUCAGGGAUGUUUGUUCAUGUUUUUGGUUUCCUUUGUCUGCUGCCCUAUUUGAGUGUCCAUGAAUAAUCUACGAAUAUCAGUCAUAUGAAUAUAUUCAAAAUGUUGCCUUUUAUCAGUGUGACGUUGAGUUUUCUUAUAAAUUAUUGAACUUUGAGGAAUGGAAAACAACCUACUUUGUUGAGAACCAAAUUUAAGCUCACUCAGGAAUAUUUGUUUUUCAACCCUGCUCAACGAGCGAAGUGGUGUAGAAUCUGUAACUUACUCAAGCAGUGAACAGCAAUGUGCCUUAUCCAGUUCUCUUACUGAAGAUGAGAAGAAGCAGGAGACUAUACUGUGUGACUUGUCCCGCUGAUUAUAAUCCAAGUGUUGAAAGCCUCACCAUGAGCCUGUCUCUCCUAGGUAGA